ACACCCGACACUUCACACACUCACAGCCACACCCGCACCGACACACUCACCUGCACCCACACCCCGCCCCAGCACCCACACCAUGGCCGCCUCCACCCUGUCCGUCUGCUCCAGCGACCUGAGCUACGGCAGCCGCGUCUGCCUGCCCGGCUCCGGCGACUCCUGCCCCGACCCCUCCUGGCAGGUGGACGACUGUCCCGAGAGCUACUGCGAGCCCCCCUGCUGUGCCCCGGCCUCCUGCCUGACCCUCCUCUGCACCCCUGCGAGCUGCGGGUCCAGCCCCUGCCCAUCAGCCUGCCCCAGCUCCUGCCAGCCCUCGUGCUGCAGCUGCUCCCCCUGCCAGGAGGGCUGCUGUGUGUCUGUCUGCUGCAAGCCCGUGUGCUGCACCCCUGUCUGCUGCAAGCCCGUGUGCUGCACUCCCGUCUGCUGCAAGCCCGUGUGCUGUGGGGCCUCCCCCUGCUGCCAGCAGUCUAGCUGCCAGCCCUCCUGCUGCAACUCCUCCCCCUGCCAGGAGGGCUGCUGUGUGUCUGUCUGCUGCAAGCCCGUCUGCUGCACCCCUGUCUGCUGCAAACCUGUCUGCUGUGAGGCCUCCCCUUGCUCAGCCUCCCCCUGCUGCCAGCAGUCUAGCUGUCAGCCCUCCUGCUGCAGCUCCUCCCCCUGCCAGGAAGACAGCUGUGUGUCUGUCUGCUGCAAGCCCAUGUGCUGCACCCCUGUCUGCUGCAAGCCCGUCUGCUGCACCCCCUCCUGCUGCAAGCCCGUGUGCUGCACCCCCGUCUGCUGCAAGCCCAUCUGCUGUGAGGCAUCCCCUUGCUCAGCCUCCCUCUGCUGCCAGCAGUCUAGCUGCCAGCCCUCCUGCUGCAGCUCCUCCCCCUGCCAGGAAGACAGCUGUGUGUCUGUCUGCUGCAAGCCCGUGUGCUGCACCCCUGUGUGCUGCAAGCCCGUCUGCUGCCAGGCCUCUCCCUGCUGCCAGCCAAGCCCCUGCAGACCCUCCUCCUGCGUGUCCCUCCUCUGCCGCCCCGUGUGCAGGCCCGCCUGUUGCGCCCCCUCCCCCUGCCAGCCCAGCUGCUGCCGCCAGGCCUCCAGCCUGUCCCUACUGUGCCGCCCCGUGUGCUCCCGCUAAUGGGGCACAUGCCCCUGGGGCGCUGGGCUCAGGCCCCACCCAGGGACCCUGGGCCUCCCGGCCACCCCUCAGCCCAGCCCUCACCUGUGCUAGGUGGCUGACCCCGCCCACAAUGGGGUCCCCCUGGGUGUCCACUCUCCUGAGCUGACUUCACCUCCUCCCUCACAAGAACGCUGACCCCGCGGCACCCCUGGGUUCCUGCUCCCGGGACGCACCUCCACCUGCCCUGGGUCACCUGCCUUUCCUCCCAGUUCCUCUGCUCAGGUCACUUGGCCUCGCCCUCCAACCUGUGGGCCCCUCCCCAGCACCCCAAUAAACUCACUUCACCGGC